GGGACGGGGUCGGAUUCAGAAAUGGCGGCCUGCAUGUUCUACAGCCGGCAGUUGGCUACCGCCACCCUUAGGAGCCAUGGUUCCCGGACGGCGCUGCGGGCCGCCGCCCAGGUUCUGGGAAGCUCUGGAUUGUUAAACAACCAUGGGCUCCAAGUACAGCAGCAGCAGCAAAGGAAUCUGGCACUACAUGAAUACCUGAGCAUGGAGUUGUUGCAGGAAGCCGGUAUCUCUGUUCCCAAAGGACAAGUGGCAAAAUCACCAGAUGAAGCUUUUGCAAUUGCCAAAAAACUAGGUUCAAAAGAUGUUGUGAUAAAAGCACAGGUUUUAGCUGGUGGUAGAGGAAAAGGGACAUUUGAAAGUGGCCUCAAAGGAGGAGUGAAGAUAGUUUUCUCUCCUGAAGAAGCAAAGGCUGUUUCUUCACAAAUGAUUGGGAAAAAGUUGUUUACCAAGCAAACUGGAAAAAAGGGCAGAAUAUGCAACCAAGUACUGGUCUGUGAGCGAAGAUAUCCCAGGAGAGAAUACUACUUUGCAAUAACAAUGGAAAGGUCAUUUCAAGGUCCUGUACUAAUAGGAAGUUCUCAAGGUGGUGUCAACAUUGAAGAUGUUGCUGCUGAGAGUCCUGAGGCCAUAGUGAAGGAGCCUGUUGAUAUCGUGGAAGGCAUCAAAAAGGAGCAAGCUCUCAGGCUUGCACAGAAGAUGGGAUUUCCACAAAAUGUUCUGGAUUCUGCAGCAGACAACAUGGUCAAGCUUUACAACCUUUUUCUGAAAUAUGAUGCAACCAUGGUAGAAAUAAAUCCAAUGGUAGAAGAUUCAGAUGGAGCUGGUAAAGUCCAGGCUAUUCUGGUGAACAUUUUCGGAGGAAUCAUGCGGUGCGAUGUUAUUGCACAGGGUAUAGUCAUGGCAGUCAAGGACUUGGACAUUAAAAUCCCUAUCGUGGUACGGUUGCAAGGUACACGAGUUGAUGAUGCUAAGGCACUAAUAGCAGACAGUGGACUGAAAAUUCUUGCUUGUGAUGAUUUGGAUGAAGCUGCUAAAAUGGUUGUGAAGCUUUCAGAAAUAGUGGCCUUGGCCAAGCAAGCCCAGGUGGAUGUGAAAUUUCAGUUACCACUUUGA